UCCUUGCACCCCUUGUCUUCAAAUGUAAUCGUCCUCAGGUCAAAGUUGAAAGCAUCAUGGCGUCGCUCAUGCUGGAGGUGUGUCGGCCGGUGUGUAAAAUGUGUGCGAAACGCCUUCGUCUGAGCUGUAUGAGAAAUAUAAGUGGACUUUUCACGCAAAGUGGAUACAGGAGACUCAGUACAAGUAACGAUCGUGACAGAAAAGGCCCUAGUUCUCAAGAAAUUCGCAAGACAUUCUUGGACUUCUUCAAAGUGAAGUACGAUCAUCUCCUGGUCCCUUCCUCGUCUAUUGUGCCCAAAAAUGACCCGACUUUGCUGUUCAUCAACGCCGGCAUGAACCAGUUUAAACCACUUAUCCAGGGAACAGUGGAUCCAAGAAGUGACAUGGCAAAGUACAGAAGAGUGGUGAACAGUCAGAAGUGCAUCCGGGCAGGAGGGAAACACAACGACCUGGAGGACGUUGGAAGGGACUGCUACCACCAUACUGUCUUUGAGAUGCUGGGCAACUGGUCCUUUGGAGACUUCUUCAAGAAAGAGGCUUGUGCCAUGGCUUGGGAGCUGCUGACUGAUGUGUACAGGAUCCCUGUGGACAGGCUGUACAUCACGUACUUUGGGGGUGACACUGAACUCGGUCUGCAGCCUGAUCUGGAGUGCAGGGAGAUCUGGGCCAGUCUGGGGGUUCCUGCAGCCAGAAUCCUGCCCUGCGGAAUGAGGGAUAACUUCUGGGAGAUGGGUGAUGUGGGACCCUGUGGACCGUGUACGGAGAUCCACUAUGACCACCGAGGCGUGAGGGCCGCCAGUCGACUGGUCAACACGGACAGUCCUGAGGUGGUGGAACUCUGGAACCUGGUCUUCAUGCAGUUCAACAGGGAGUUCAGACGGCAGCCUGCGGCCCUCCCCGCCAUGUGGUGGACACAGGGGAUGGGCCUGGAGCGGCUGGUCGCUGUCCUGCAGGGGAAACUCUCCAACUACGACACUGAUGUCUUCUCACCGAUACUCCACGCCAUUCACAAGGUGGGUGAGGCUGAGGUUGGCUGGUUUCUCCACAACUCCCUGGGCCUCCCCACAGACAUGGUAGAGUCCAUGGUGAGUAACAGGGGCUUCAGGAUGGACAUGGAACAGUACAGCAGGAUAGAGAGGGAAGCCCUGCAGAAAAAAACGCAGGGUCUGCAGAUCGCUCAGGUGCCCACCCUUGAUGCCCACAGUCUUCAGCAGCUACAAGCCUUAGGAGUGCCCCCUACUGACAACUCACUGAAGUACAAGUACAGGCUCACAGACUCAGGAAAAUAUGAGUUCCCCUCCCCAGAAGGACAUGUGUUGUCCCUGUAUAAGGCAGGACAGCUGGUAGACAGUGUGGGGCGAGGUGAUGUCUGUUCUGUCAUCCUGGACAGGACAUGUUUCUACCCAGAGGCAGGUGGACAGGAGAGCGACCAGGGAAACAUGACCAAAAAUGGGGGUGAAGCAUUUCCAGAACUUGUUUCCAGUCAGGAGAAGGUGAUGGAUACUAUCAAUGAAGACGAGGCACUCUUCCUGUCCAACCUUGAGAAAGGGAAGAAACUCAUGUCUAAGACAGUAAGAAAAAUGGACAAAUCAACCUUAUUUCCAGCUGAGGUUGGCUGGUUUCUCCACAACUCCCUGGGCCUCCCCACAGACAUGGUAGAGUCCAUGGUGAGUAACAGGGGCUUCAGGAUGGACAUGGAACAGUACAGCAGGAUAGAGAGGGAAGCCCUGCAGAAAAAAACGCAGGGUCUGCAGAUCGCUCAGGUGCCCACCCUUGAUGCCCACAGUCUUCAGCAGCUACAAGCCUUAGGAGUGCCCCCUACUGACAACUCACUGAAGUACAAGUACAGGCUCACAGACUCAGGAAAAUAUGAGUUCCCCUCCCCAGAAGGACAUGUGUUGUCCCUGUAUAAGGCAGGACAGCUGGUAGACAGUGUGGGACGAGGUGAUGUCUGUUCUGUCAUCCUGGACAGGACGUGUUUCUACCCAGAGGCAGGUGGACAGGAGAGCGACCAGGGAAACAUGACCAAAAAUGGGGUUGUGGUGUUCACCACUGAAAGCGUGCAGGUGUGUGGAGGAUACGUUCUGCACCAGGGACAAGCUCAAACUGCCCUCACAGUGGACGACACAGUACAGCUCAACAUAGAUCAGGAGCGUCGGCUGGGGUGUAUGCAGAGGCACACGGCAACCCACCUGCUGAACCACGGCCUGCGGGAGGUGCUGGGGGAGGAGUGUGAGCAGCGAGGCUCGCACGUCGGACCCAACAGGCUCCGCUUCGACUUCUCUGUAAAGAGUCUGCCCAGCCCAGAGGAGCUGAAGAGAGUAGAAGAGACAGUACAGGCCAUGGUGGACAGACAACAGUGUGUCUACUCCAGGGAGGUGUCUCUAAACCAGGCUAAACAGGUGGAGGGCAUCAGGACCAUGGAUGAGGAGUAUCCUGACCCAGUGAGAGUUGUGUCUGUUGGAACCCCUGUGGAGGAACUGGUGACAAACCCAUCUAGUGGAGCUGCAUGUGUGACCUCAGUUGAACUCUGCUGUGGAACGCAUGUUCACAACACAGCAUCUAUCGAAGCUUUUGUUAUCAGCUACGAGAGAAGAAACGAGAUAGGAUCACGUCGGAUUAUAGCUAUCACGGGGAGCGAGGCUCUGGAAGCAAGAAAGACUGGUGCUGAGCUAGAGGAGAGAGCUAAGACUCUGGAGCAGGUGGUCUUAAAUGGGGAGACAUCUUCACUUACGGAGAUGGAGGAGGUUUAUAGGGAUGUUGGGAAGCUGAUCAGGAGGGUAGAUACAGCUAACCUCCCCUUGUGGAAGAGGCUGGAACUGCAGGUUAACCUGGAUCGGCUGCAGAGUCAAGCCAACAGAGUCGUGAAAAAACUGCAGAAGCAAAACGUGGAAAGAGUUGCCCAGAGCCUGGUGGACAGAAACGGAGAUGUUGUUCUUGUUACUGACACGGGACUAGGACCAAACCUUAAGGUUUUGCGUACGCUGGUGAGACUCUGCAGUGAGCUGGCACCAGACACACCCAUCAUGCUGUUUGGUACAGACACCAGGGCAGCUUCAGUCAGGGUCGCGUGUAAGGUGCCUGAGGUGAUGGCGUCCAGAGGCCUGGAGGCCCGCACCUGGCUGGACCAGGUGAUGUCAGAGAUCAAGGCAAAGGGGCGGGGAGAUGAGAAGUCGGCAACAGCUGCAGGCGAAAACCCAGCUGGCACGCAAACCGCCAUCAUAGCAGCCAGGAAAUACGCACAUGGAGUUCUGAGAUGA